AUGAACACAAUUUGGACUCCUGUUGAGAACAAAUUAUUUGAGAAUGCUAUUGCCAAGUUUGCUAAGGAUACCCCUGAUUGGUGGCAGCGAGUGGCGGAGAUGGUUCUGGGGAAGAAGGCGGCGGAUGUUAUGUGGCGGUAUAAGGAGUUGGAGGAUGAUGUUAGUAGUAUCGAAGCAGGGUUUUAUCCAAAAUAUGGGUAUAACAAUAGCACUUCUCCUUUCACUUUAGAAUGGGGAAACAACAAUGGGGUUGAUAGUUUUCUCUCACCGCCGGCAUAUGGUGCCCGAGGGAAGAGAUCCUCUGCCGCCGUCGUGGCUGUGGUGGCCGCUGGUCGGCCUUUAGAACAAGAAAGGAAAAAGGGUGUUCCUUGGAGAGAAGAAGAACAUAAUGGGAAAGAUAAGAGAAGAGCAAGUAUUCAUGAUAUAACAACUAUAAAUCUUAAUGAAAACCACAUCACUUCGCCGAUGUACAAAACAACAGCUUCACCGGAGCAAUGUAAAGUCCCAUGGAAUCAACCAAAUAACGAAAACACCACCAUGGCUUUCAACCAAACACAUGGGGCUAUUUUCAUGUCUCCAAGAUAUGGUGGGAACUCAUUUGGUGCUUUUGGUGGCGGCGGUGGUGGUGGUGGAUGA